AUGACUAAUUUACUUGAUCUUCUUCUGCCAGAAUUAAUUUCUCCUAUUAUAAAGAAUCUUCCAAUUCAAGAUCUUAAAAAUUGCUAUAAUCUAGAUGAUAUAUGGAAAACUGAAGUGAUUAGAGAAAUCCGCAAAAGAUUAAUAGUGAACUGCAUAUUCAUUCAUAGAAAAACAACUGUUAAGACACUAAUUGACCCUAAAUCUCGGUACAGUAGUAUCAGUAAAGCACUUGUCCGAAAAAUGGAUUGUUAUAUUUCUAGAAAUUUUGGUAGGUCAGGAUAUCCAGCAGUAAAAGAACUUGGAAUUGGUGCAAUAAAUUCAGGUAAAAAAGUAAUGGUAAGAGGGUGGAUACAUAAUGUAAAAACUUCCAUUUCCAUUCCAGAUAUCUUUGAAUUAGAACCACAAAAAUCUCCUUUACCUCAAAGCUUAAAUGAAUUAUAUGAGAAUUUCUUAGUCCUUGAUAAACCAGAAUACGAAUUAGUCUUAGAGAAACAUACUCUUUCUUUACAAAAAUUUCAUAAGCUAUUAUUUUCGGAUUAUACAUUUAAUUUUCAGGUUCCAACUGAUCUGAGUGAAUAUUACAAUUCAAGUUAUUCUGAAACAGAUACAGAGACCGGUUCCAUUUCUUCAGAUUCAGAUAGUGAGUGCGAAGCUAGUGUCAAGACAUAUCAAAACCUUCCAGAUGGGCCUAGAUGCUCCACUGGGUUCCACAUUAUACCUUCCAGAUGGG